AUGAUGCUUCCCUGGGAGGCAAAAAAGCAGGUGGAGGAACUCUUUGAUUUGAUAUUCUUGGAGGAACGACUUUGCUUAGAGGUUGAAGAGGCCAAGUCGUUCCAGGAGGAAUGCUGUGCGGUAAGGGAGCGAGUGAAGCAAAUCUCCCAAAUGCUGAAGACAUUGAUCCGCUUCAUCACCUCUGCUCCAACUUCCAUUUACCUGCGCCCAAUCAACUGUAUAGUUGCCAAGGUGAAGGAUAACUUUGAGCUCGCACUGGCCACUGUAUCCAAGUGCAAGUGCCGGAGCCUACUCAGCAGUCUCUUCACCAUCCGUAAUGCCACCCGUUUUCGCGGGCUCUCCCACCUUUUGGAUGCUUCUAUCAGCGAUAUGGAAUGGCUGGUUACUGUCUAUGACCCCCAAAACGGAGUCACAGGCCCAACGACCAAGAAUGAGUCGGCUAGAUUGUUGGUCUGGUCUUGCAUCGCCACCGUCAAAAUGGGGCGUCAAUUAGAAGAUCGCGUCCAGGCUGCGAUAUGUCUUGGUUUACUUGCUCAAGAAAAAGACGAGUACAAAAACAUUAUUUUUGAAGAAGGCGGGGUACCUCCUUUAAUAAAGCUUUUGAAAGAGAACUCCUCUCUGACAGCUCAGAUCACGGCUGCUAAUGCACUUUGUCUUUUAGCUAAUGAGCAGGAGAGGACGAGAAUUAUUAUGAAGGAAAUGAUAUCUACAGUUGUAUAUCGUUUAUCAAGAACAUCGCCGACGAGGGAUCAAAUUCAGGCGGCGAAUUUGGUUGCCAAAAUAGCAGAGUAUAACCCUGAGGUGAAGGAAUACGAUUUGGUUAGAGAGAAUGUAAUAUGGCGGCUGGUAACGUUGUUGUCAUCUGAGCCAUCUGCAGAUGGUCCUAAAAUCAAUUUACUUAAUCCUGAAUUGAAAAUCAGUUGUUCGAAGGCUUUAUGGGUGCUUGUUGAGGGGAGCGUUUCGAAUUGUAGGACAUUAACGGAGACAAAGGGAAUGCUUUGCUUGGCUAAGUUGGUUGAAACGGAACAAGAUGAAUUACAGUACAAUUGCUUGAUGAUCAUAAGAGAAAUUACAUCUAUUGCUGAAUCAAAUCAAGAAUUCAGACAUUCGGCGUUUAAGACUAAUUCUCUAGCUGCAAUGACUGUUGUUGAUCAGCUAUUGAGAGUGAUUAAAGAAUUUGAUGACAAAAAAUUGAGAAUUCCGGCAAUCAAAUCGAUGGGUUCAUUGGCUAGAACGUUUUCAGCAAAAGACAGUUGGGUAAUCAGUCCUCUAGUUUCCCGGCUUGGCAGUACGGACCAAGAAAUAGCAAUGGAAGCUGCUAUUGCUCUGCAAAAUUUUGCGUGUCCAGAAAAUCGCCGUAGCAAGGAGCAUUCACAAUCGAUAGUUAAAUUCGACGGUGUCCCACUUUUAAUGAAGUUACUUGAUGGCGAUAAAGAGUCACAGCAUCAUGGAUUGGCUCUGAUCUGCUACCUCGCGAACCAUGACAUCAACAGCAAUGUUUUGAUAGAAGCCGGUGCAUUGACUGCUCUCGAGACGAUAGGUGCCAAGCAUCCCAAGCUAAAAGGAUUGGUCUCCGACGCAAUAUUCAAACUCAAAUCAAAUCAAACCGGUAAGCAUGAAAAAUUAGACAGUUCAGUAAAAGGUAGCAUUACACAGAUUAUCGUAGAACAGAGAGAACAGAGCAAAGAAGCAAUCAAUCAUCUGCGACAAGGCUCGGAGAUACUGUGGGAGGAGCUAACAGGAUUUGCACAAAAGCCAGAAGAAACCUUCCAGGGUGAUUGCAAACCAUUGCCAAUAGUGAUGAGAUGUAAAAAGAGAUUUUUACAUGCGCUACCUUCUUUCAACCCCAAAAGGAUUUUGCCCCACCUGAGAGCUAAAGCUAAAUGCCGGGGUCCGGCACUAAGAUGUGUGAUAAAUUACCCAGGAAGAAGGCAAGCAACGGAGGUUGCACGAAAGCUGAGGCUAAUGAUAAAUAUUGUCUACUCACUCGGGAAAAAAGUGAUUCGAAGAAAAUUCGGUUUUGUCAUACACAAAAUUAUGUAA